GCCAGGACGGAAGGAAGGAGGAAGGGAAGGGCCGCCAUCUUGUUGUCGCGUCGCCGCCGCCAUAGUCCGAGCGGAGCCACGGCCGACGGGCUGCGAGACGGGCCGACGCGGAGUGGGAAGCGAGCGCGGCCGCCAGGCAGGCAGAUUGAAGUGAGUAGAUUGGACGGAACUCAAGCGUGUUGGAAGACUUUUUAAAAACUUGUUCCACAGUGCAUCAGCGCAAGUGACUGGUUUAUCUUGAGGGACUUUACAGGUGCUUGCCUGUGUUGCAAUAAGAGACUCAUAUAUUGAGCAGGACCUAAUAUAUCUCUUCAUCUUGGAGAGUCUAAUAAACUAUUACACUUUCCGUACUCGCAACUGUUUGGAAGUUGAAAGACAUUUAAAAGGCAAACAUGAGUACGGCCAGAACAGAGAACCCUGUUAUAAUGGGUCUCUCCAGUCAAAAUGGACAGCUGAGGGGCCCAGUAAAACCUGGUGGUGGUCCAGGAAGCGGAGGGACACAGGCUCAGCAACAGAUAAACCAGCUGAAACAUCCCAACACAAUCAACAAUGGCACUCAGCAGCAAGCACAGAGCAUGGCCUCCACUAUCAAACCUGGCGAUGACUGGAAGAAGACUUUAAAGCUCCCUCCGAAGGACCUGAGAAUCAAAACGUCGGAUGUAACAUCAACAAAAGGAAAUGAGUUUGAAGAUUAUUGUCUGAAGCGGGAGUUGCUGAUGGGAAUUUUUGAAAUGGGCUGGGAGAAGCCAUCUCCUAUUCAGGAGGAGAGCAUUCCUAUUGCUUUGUCUGGAAGGGACAUCUUAGCCAGAGCUAAGAACGGAACCGGCAAGAGCGGUGCCUACCUCAUUCCAUUACUUGAAAGGCUUGACUUAAAGAAGGACAAAAUACAAGCAAUGGUGAUUGUUCCCACAAGAGAACUUGCCCUGCAAGUCAGUCAGAUCUGCAUCCAGGUCAGCAAACACAUGGGAGGGGCGAAGGUGAUGGCAACCACAGGAGGAACCAAUCUGCGAGAUGAUAUAAUGAGGCUUGACGAUACAGUGCAUGUAGUGAUAGCAACCCCAGGAAGGAUUCUGGAUCUCAUCAAAAAAGGAGUAGCAAAGGUGGACCAUAUCCAGAUGAUUGUCCUAGACGAGGCAGACAAGUUACUGUCUCAAGACUUUGUGCAAAUAAUGGAGGACAUUAUACUCACUCUACCUAAAAACAGGCAGAUUUUGUUGUACUCGGCCACUUUCCCUCUAAGUGUGCAGAAGUUUAUGAAUUCCCACUUGCAAAAACCCUACGAGAUUAACUUGAUGGAGGAGCUGACUCUGAAGGGGGUGACCCAGUACUACGCUUACGUAACAGAGCGUCAGAAAGUGCAUUGCCUCAACACACUCUUUUCCAGGCUCCAAAUAAACCAGUCCAUCAUCUUCUGUAACUCCUCCCAACGGGUUGAAUUGUUAGCUAAGAAAAUCUCCCAGCUGGGCUACUCCUGCUUCUACAUUCACGCAAAGAUGAGACAGGAGCACCGCAAUCGAGUGUUCCAUGAUUUCCGGAAUGGCUUAUGCCGCAACCUUGUUUGCACUGAUCUCUUUACCCGAGGUAUUGAUAUCCAAGCUGUGAAUGUUGUGAUCAAUUUUGAUUUUCCAAAGCUGGCAGAGACAUAUCUCCAUCGCAUUGGCAGAUCAGGUCGAUUUGGCCAUCUCGGCCUGGCCAUCAACUUGAUCACCUAUGACGAUCGUUUCAACCUGAAGAGUAUUGAAGAGCAGCUGGGGACAGAAAUUAAGCCCAUCCCUAGUAACAUUGACAAGAGUCUGUAUGUGGCAGAAUACCACAGCGAGCCUGUAGAAGAUGACAAACCGUAAUUGCUGCGCUUUGCUUAAACACAAAAGCUAAAGCCCUUUGAUCUGGACACGUGAAACAUCAUUUCUUGGGGGAGGCUCCUUCUCUUUGAGGGUUUUUCAUCUUUUUGUUUUGGAACAAUUAAAAUUACAGAGCUUCCCCCCCUUUAAAAAAAAUUGGCUGUGAA